ACCCUUCAUUUUGUUAAGAUGUUUUAACGCCGCCCGUGCGUCGGUGAUCGUCAAAUAACGUCGUAUCUGUUGACGCUCACAUAGUCCUACCGUACCUUCUCGCUCGCCCGCUUUACGGGCGAUUCGUUUCAAGUUCGGUGCCUUACAUGAUGGGAAGAUCACGCAGCAGAAGCAGGAGUCGCUCUCCCAAGCUCGCGAGGCACAAAAACAAGCGGCCGCGAAGGCGGUCGCACUCUAGAGGACGGAGCCGCGACAGCGUCAGCAGAGCACUGGCUGCUAAACUCAACGACCGCAGACCAAGGAAGCGGUCUUCGUCGGUGUCCAGCAGCAGCAGCGACGACAUCGACGGCCUUCUGGACUCCGCUAGGCGCAAAGUGAAAAGGUCGUCGGAAGGCGAAAGGGCCUCGUCAGACUUUGAGCGGCAGAGGCGGCAGCGUGAUGAGGACAUUUGCAAGAGGUCCGAGGAAGAAAUGCAGCGUCAGAUUGAAGAGACAGUGGCCACCCGCGUGGCCGAAGAGAUGGAGCGACGCCGAGAGGCCAUGGAGACGGAGGUGCGACGGCGUGUUGAAGAGGCUCGGCACAACAUGGAGAAGCAGCUUCUCCAAGAGGUGGAACAACGGCGAGCUCAGAUGAUUGCCGACCAGCAGAAGCGGGAGGAGGACGAAAGAAGACGGCUCCAAGAACUUGAGCAAACACUGGCAGAAAAAAGCAAGCAGUUGGAGGAAGCUCAGCGUAGCUUGGCGGAAGAACGUUUGGCAAUGGUCGAGGAGCGUCGGCUGAUUGAUGAGGCUCGCAGGCAGUUGGAACAGGAGCAGGAAAAGAAAAUGCGCCUCGACCAGCAGGUCAUCCUGAACAAGGGCCGUGUGCGACCAAAGCUCUCCUUUUCACUGAAGCCAACGGUCUGAGGGAACGCCUUUCCAGUGUGCGUAUGCUAAGGUCUUCCUGCCCCUUGCAGCGAUGUGAAACAUGUCGUAGGAGAGGCGGCCAUGCCAUUCUAAGGACCACCUUGAUUGGACCUUGUGUUUGGACGCUGGCCCUUUGAACUUUUGUCAAGCCGUGCAGGCUCUGUGCUUCAGGCCUUGUAGACUUGUCCACCCAUCUAGUGUGCUACUCGAGUGCUACAAAAGGCUGACUGCAAAUCUUCAAUGCAGUAGCAGCUUGCUACGCAGAUUGUGAUGCAGAAGGUAACAUUAAGUGUGGUUCAAUGCCCCAAGGAACUGAAGUCAUUGCUGAGCAGAGUUCUUGCCGUUGCACGUGUGGAAGUGCUGCCGAUGCUUGCAGAUUUGGUACAGGUGGAUAACUUAAAAGCAGUAAAAGCUGUUAGUCUGCAGAGGACACAUGCAUGCCUAUUCUGCAUUGAGACCUCUUGUGGGCACUCUCCGUGAGUAUAAUUUGAGGACAUUGUUUGUGCCGUCUCAUUUUUAUUGGUCAGACCACUGUGAAAAGACUUCAGUUUUCAAGGGUGCCACACAUGGGCAGCAAUUAACGGCGAUUCCCAGCUAGUAUUGCCAUGUAAUCUUGUCACUCGUUGUGCCAAUUGGUAUGUGAACUAUUGCGAAGUCUCCCUGCACAUAUUCUUGAGUGAUGAAUUGAAUGAUUGGUAUAGUGCGUUUCGCUAUAGGAUAAUUUCUGGCCAAACUUUGUCAAGUAAUCUAAGCUCUAGGUAUGUCCAAGAAACAAUCUCGUUCUAAAAGCAGUUGUUGGCAUUAGUUUGAACUUGGGCAGUUGUAGUGACCACUUUUGCGAGAAGCACUGCAUGCUGUGUGUAUUGUGUAAAUAGCACUGCUUGUAAAUAUAAACCUCCAUUUUUUUUAUUGCAUGGCUGCAACUAUAAAAUACUUCGAGGACACUUGUUUGAAGCUGUUAGUAGGUGUGC